CGCCACGGCUUCGGUAGCUAAAGCAUCUCUGAGCCUGCCGGAGUGGUGCCACCACCUCCUCUAGGAGACCGUUGCAGUCAGCCAGCUCCUGCUCCACGGUAACCAUGUGCGACCGAAAGGCGGUGAUCAAAAAUGCGGACAUGUCAGAAGAGAUGCAACAGGAUUCGGUGGAGUGCGCUACUCAGGCGCUGGAGAAAUAUAACAUAGAAAAGGACAUUGCGGCCCACAUCAAGAAGGAGUUUGACAAGAAGUACAACCCCACCUGGCACUGCAUAGUGGGGAGGAACUUCGGUAGUUACGUGACGCAUGAAACCAAACACUUCAUCUACUUCUACCUGGGCCAGGUGGCCAUUCUUCUGUUCAAAUCUGGUUAAAAGCAUGGACUGUGCCACACAUCCAGUGAUCCAUCCAAAACCAAGGACUGCAGCCUAAAUUCCAAAUACAGAGACUGAAAAUCUUCAGCCUUGCUAAGGGAACACCUCGAUCUUUUUGUGUGUACAGGGUAUUCUCUGUACUAGUUUGUUGUGGUUAUAAAACAUUUAGCAAAACA